GUUCUUGUGGUUCUUGAUUCGGAUGAUGGGCAAGCUGAAGGGGGCUCUGAUGCCCGUGGAUCCUAUCAUCAACGCCGGGUUGCUGUGCCAGGCCUGCGGCUUCCUCCUCAUCAACCCCCAGCAGGCGGAAUGCGGGCACCGCUACUGCUUGGGCUGCGUCAAGAGGCACUUCAGGGACACAGACAAGAUGGUGUGUCAUACUUGUAGGCAAGGACUGAGCCUCAGACAGUUCCACAGUGACAAAGCUGCAGAGAAUGAUGCACUCAUCACAGAAGUUGCUUGCCCAAAUUUUGGCUGCGCCUGGUCUGGAACUCUGAAAUCCUAUCAGGAGCAUGUUUGCCCCUCUGUGGCUCAGUUUGGAACUGCAAAGGAAUCUGCCUUGGCUCUCAGGGAUCAAGAGGUUGUUGAAAAGAAAUUCACCUGGAGUGACAAAAACACCAUCGUGGGCAACCCUUCUUUGAACACAGAAGCUGUCCUGUUGCGCGUGGAGUCCCUGGAGCUGAUGGUGGUUUCUCUGCAUCGGCAGCUGAAUAGCCAGGUAGCCAUGGUGAAGUCUCUUCAGCGCUGCUGUUCCCAGUACGAGAAGCUACUGAAAACCUCUCCAGAAGGACACAGGAGCUCCAAAGGGUCCACACCAAUGUCGUCGGAGUUGAUCAGCACCAAUGGAACCCUGGUGUGGAAAGUGGAGAACUUCUCCAAGCUCUUGAGGGACGCCACUUCCGGGAAGAAGCGUUCCAUCUACUCCCCAGUCUUUGCCACCCAUGCUUUUGGAUACCAUCUCUGUGUUCGGAUGUACCCCGAUGGAGAUGGCAUCGGCAAGGGCAGCCACCUUUCACUCUUCCUCGCCAUAGCCAAGGGGCCCUACGAUGACAUCUUGCCAUGGCCCUUCCAGCUAAAGGUCACCUUCAUUCUCCUGGACCCCACACGAAGGCAGUUGCCCCUGAAAGAGACCUUCCUGCCUGAUCCCCAAAGUGCCUCCUUCCACCAGCCCCACGAGAGGCUCAAUAUUGCCAGUGGGAGCCCCCUCUUUGCCAGCAAAACGCAGAUUCCCAGCUACCUCAAGGAUGAUGUCCUCUAUCUCAAAGUCGUGGUGGAUUCAGCAGGAGUUGACGUUUGA